AUGACUCACGGCGGUUGGCAGGGCUCUGGCGAGGCUGGCCCCGGCCCGCGCUCCAGCCCGCAGCAGAUGCCUGCCCGGCCCUCCCUUCCCUCGCCGGCCAAACCCGCCCGGAGCCCCGGGGCUGCGGGAGCGCCCUCCGCCUCCGCGGGACCCGAGCGGCCGGGACUGGGCCCGCACCUCCCGCCCGGCCCGCACCACCCUCGGCUCGCGCGGCCGCCUCUCCCCCCUCCUCCUCCUGCCCCCCGCCGCCUCUGCGGUCCCGGCCGGGCACACUCCGGAAAGUUGCUAGGGCCGCGGAGGCGGGAGGGGAGGAAGGGAGGAGAGAGGCGGAGGCGUGGACCAGGCGGGCAGCAACCGGGCCCGCCAGGGAGCCAGGCAACAUGGUAUGAGGGAAUCACACUAUUCAAGAGAAGUAUACAGCAACAGCGACCAUCACAAGGUAUCCAACAAGCCUGAUGACUAAGAGUGCCGAACUUUGCUUUCUCUCCAGUCUCUGAGAACUCCUAUCCAGUCCUCUCUGCUGUCCACUUCAUGCGAUUAAGUGCAAAAAGUCAGGGUAUCACUUUUUGUUAGGAAUUAUGCAGCUGUGAUAACUCUGGAAUCUAUUGUGAAUGUACAUGAAUGUGUUGUUUUUAGUCGCUAAGUUAUGUCUGAC